AUGUCUCAAACAAAUACUCCCUACCCUUUCACAUUCACCAACCCAACCCCAACCCAGUCCACCAACGGAGCAACCCAAACCAUAACCCUCACCAUCCCCAAUGUCCGCGGCACGAUCCCCUCCCUGCAAACAUCCCGUCUCCGCACAAUGAUGCUCGAAGCGCGUCGCGAUCCCUCCAAGAUCCUCGCCUUCCCGUGUAGCUACGACGGCCUGUCGUCGCGGCUGAUCGAGGAGGCCGGCUUCCCGAUGCUGUUCUUAUCCGGCUUCGCGGUGUCCAGUUCGUAUGGGCUGCCUGACACGGGGUAUAUCGCUAUGGAAGAGAUGUGCGGGAAGGUCCAGGAGACGGUGAGGGUGACGAGUCUUCCUGUGAUGGUCGAUGGGGACACGGGGUAUGGGAGUCCGAUGAAUGUGCGGCGCACGGUGGAGGCGUUCGCUGCAGCUGGGGCGGCGGGGGUGAUGAUCGAGGACCAGACGUGGCCGAAGCGAUGCGGUCACACGAAGGGGAAAUCGGUUGUUUCGCGCGGCGAAGCCUACGCGCGGAUCCAAGCUGCGUGUGACGCCCGGAAUGAAGGACGGGAUAUUUUUAUUCUUGCCCGAACGGACGCUUUGAUCCUUGGAUGGGAGGAAGCGAUGACGCGGGCACGGGAGUUCAAGAGACUAGGGGCCGAUGCGGUGUUUGUUGAAGCCUUGCCGGAUAGGGAGGCGAUGCAACGCUGCGUUUCGGAGUUGGAUAUGCCCAUGCUGGCUAAUAUUAUUGAAGGGGGCAAAACGGAGAAUCUCUCUGCGAAGGAGCUUGCGCAAUUGGGUUUCGCGGCCGUGGCAUAUCCGUGGACGUUGGUGGCGGCGAGGUUGAAGAGUAUUCGGGAUGCGCUGGAAGGGCUCAAACAGAGCAUGGUGGAGGGCACGGCACCACCUAUGAUUCUGGGAUACCCGGAGGUGUGCGAGGGAGUUGGGUUUAAUCGAUACUGGGAUCAAGAGACACGGUACGAAUAUGAUCAAAACGGACUUAGAAACCCUUAG